AUGCAGCAGGAAUACACUGAUAGCUCAAAUCAGUAUUCAUUAUAUCAAGAUUUCCCAAACGAAUUGCAAACAGGACAACUGCCUCAACAAUACCAAUCAUCGCUCAACCUUUCACAAUUACCUGCUAGUGUGCUUGGUCCGCCGUCACCAUAUGUUAUGGCAGACGAACCGUUGCCGAAUAUAGACGAUUAUCUGACUGUGUAUGAACAACUACUCCCUGGUUCUAUUCAGCAACAGAACGACACUCUAUCUACUCGGCAAAACCCGCUUACGCAUCGGCAACAACGUCAACAACGGUGGUUGUUGCAGCACCCGUAUUCGAGACAGCGUGAAGUACAAACAUCAAACAAAUCAUUUACACCAAUGCGACCAGAACAUCGAUUGGACCGACAAAACUCGGUUCAAAGCAUGCGUGGUGUUUUUCCAAUCGAGCAAUCAGAAUCGGAGUACGUCCAAUCACAGGUCUAUCCACCAACGGGUAAUCCAAGUAUGUCUCAGUCGCAAGGAAACAUUCAUCAAGUUCCUCAACCACAAAACAACUUUAAUCAAUUAGGAAACGGGUUUCCAAAUCAACCUUCCCAGAUGGAAACUGAUGAGCGAUCUUUGCAAUCUCAAGUAAUCAGUCAUCAGCGGGAAGAGCCUAAUAAU